GAAAACGGUCAUGGUGAAAUCAAACAGUACAUAUUAGUAGUCUCAGGUAUAGCCUUCACUGUUUAAUAGUAAGUUUACAUAGCAUCCCAUUACCAGGCGGACGGGUGCACGGACUGCUCAACAUGGGGACUUACACCUGGAUAACAGCAUUCACGGUGUUGUGUGGGAUCGUCAGUGUUUACGGACAGAGAGACCGGAAACCAUUUACGGAUAUGACGAUCGACCAGAUCAUAUCAAAGACGAUGGGUGAUAAUGAAAUGAUAGCCAAUCUCGUACGGAUACCCGACGGUAAAAGGUUAGCUGAACUGGACAUGAUGCUUACUCCAGAACAGUAUGACGCCUUUUAUCCAAAUAACACAAAGAAAAGGAAGAAGAGGAAAGCUGUGAGCAACACUGUCUACCGUUGGCCCAGAGGCGUGAUGGUGUAUACAAUCAAAGACGGAGUAUUCAGUAAUGAAGACAAAUACAUGAUCAAGGUAGCAAUGAGAGAAUGGGAAAAGUACACGUGCGUCCGCUUCCAGGAAAAACGACCAUCAGAUGAAAACUACGUUUUGUUUAAUGACGGAUUUGGAUGUAAUUCACAGUUGGGGAUGACUGGAAGGGAGCAGCUUCUGAAUCUGGAUGCCAACGGAUGUAGAUGGAAAGGGCUAUACCUACACGAGAUAGGCCACGCCUUAGGUCUCAUCCACGAGCAUCAACGACCCAUUAGAGACAGGUUCAUCAGCAUCAUCUCCCAGAACGUGGAACCUUCGAUGUUACAGUGGUUUAAUAAGUAUCCUCAGAGACAGGUUAACCCAUACAACGUCGAUUACGAAUACUCCUCAGUCAUGCACUACGGAAUCACGGCCUUUUCCAGAGACGGCAAAUCCCAAACUAUCAGGGCUCUACAGGCAGGCAGAGAGGAGGAAAUUGGACGUGUAUACCUGAAAGAACUGUCGUUUACCGAUGUAGAGGUGGUCAACAAUAUGUAUAACUGCAAUGAUCACUGUGACAAAGAAAGUAAAAUCUGCAUCAAUGGAGGGUUUUUGGACCAGACCUGUCAAUGUCUCUGUCCAGACGGUACCUACAAUUGUGAGCAGGGCAAUAACCAACCUGCAGAUCCGUCCUGUGUCAACACUGAGAGUGACUGGCAGUGUAACAUAUGGGCGACACAAGCAGAGUGUGCCAAUAAUCCAGGAUUCAUGCACGACAGAUGUCGCAAGGCGUGUGGCCUCUGUGGAACACCAACGUCUGUAGGUGGUAAUGGUGCUGAAUGCCUCGAUCUUUUUGACGAAGACGCCUGCCGGAAGUGGAAGGAGAACGGUGAUUGUAUCGUCAACGAGGACUGGAUGAGACGAAGCUGCAACUCCACGUGCGGACUGUGUGACUCAAAUUUAAGCCCACCCGGAACGGACUGUGAAAACAGCCACAGCAGUGACAGUCAGUGUGAGGAAUGGGCUCGUAAAGGGGAGUGUCAGAUUAAUCCUGCCUGGAUGCCAGACAACUGUCAGAAAGCAUGCCGUACGUGUCCUCUCCGACGAGGGACCACCCGACGACCACGAGUGACCACAACACGACCACGAGUGACCACACGUCGACCACAAGUGACCACACCACGACCACGAGUGACCACACGUCGACCACGAGUGACCACACGCCGACCAAUUAGAACCACCACUCCCUAUACCACACCCACUACAAGCGCUACACCAAGUGCUGACUGUGAGAACCGCUGGCCAGACCGGCUGUGUAUUCCCUGGUCAGAAAACCGUCACUGUCAAAUCAACCCUACAUUUAUGGAGGUCAAUUGUAUGCUGUCGUGUAACAAAUGUCCAAUGACAACAAAUACAGGGAAUACUCCCGAAAAAGAACCUACAAAUAAUCCCGAGUGUAUCAAUGACCCUGGCUGGAGCAUUCACUGUGACAACUGGGCGAAACACGACCACUGUAACAUCAACCCGGGCUGGAUGAAAACUUUCUGUAUGAAGUCUUGUCGAUCGUGUGCGUCACAAUUACGUAGGCUUGCCAAACGACAGGCUAUGGCAGAGGGAGUCAUUUACGAAGACGGUUCCAUUAAAAACGGGACAAAUCCAUUUUCUGACGAGUCUCCAGCAGACACAGGCGGAGAAUCACGAGCGACUUCUAAAAGAUCCGCAUUUGGCCUUCUCCUCGUGACCGUGGUCUGCGUACUCCUCGGUCACUAGUUCAUCAACUGUGAUAUCCUGCUAUAAUAAACUCAUCUUUGAAGUUAUUGUAUAGUUUUCCGUUUGGUGUUGUAUUUUUUUUCUUGUCCAUUCUUAGUGACCCUGUUAUCUAAGUUUCGGUGCUUCUCAAACAGUGCCUCUGCUGUCUUAUUUUCAGUGCUUCGCAAACAUUACUCUGUGCAGCGUUGGUGCUUCUCAAACAGUGACCCUGCUUAUCUUAGUGUCGGUGCUUCUCAAACUUUCUCAAACAGUGACCCUGCUAUCUUAGUGUCGGUGCUUCUCAAACUUUCUCAAACAGUGACCCUGCUAUCUUAGUGUCAGUGCUUCUCAAACUUUCUCAAACAGUGACCCUGCUAUCUUAGUGUCGGUGCUUCUCAAACUUUCUCAAACAGUGACCCUGCUAUCUUAGCGUUGAUGCUUCUCACCCAGUACUCUGCUAUCUAAGUGUCGGUGCUUCUCAAACAAUUCUCUGCUAUCGCAGUGUUGGUGUCUCUCUCGUAUCUAAGUGUUGAUGCUUCUCAAACAGUGCCUCUGCUUGCUUUUCACACAAUGCCUCUUCUAUGUAAGUAUAUCGGUGCUUCUCAAACAGUUACUCUUCUUUAUCAAUUAUAUGCCCGACUACUUUAAUAAAACGCAUGCUAGCAUACUACCUGUAAUGAUUGGAAGCAUACAUUCAUGUCAUAUUUAUUUUCUUGCUGUCAACUUUGACUGUGAUAUUGUUGGGUUUUUUUCGUUGUCAUUAUACAAUGGAUCUUACCAAACCCGCCAGAUGAAACUGUAUAUUUUACAAGACAUGUGAAUAUCGGGUUGUAUACAUAUAAUCCAUUUCGUACCAUGUUACCUGCAGAUUUCUUAUGGGAUUUUUUUUGGUAUAAAUUAAUGUACAUUGCGUACUUGUUGUGUACAAAUACUGCCACGAAGAAUACUCUCUAUGCAGCAUUAGGUAGCUGGUAUGAUUUUAAAUCUGUGUAUUUCAGUGUCUGUGUACUCCCUCAUGAAAAUACUGAAAGUCUAUUUGUUUUGUACAGGGAAACUAUUUAUCAAUAUCACACUGUAUUUUACGUUUAUUGGAACUGCCAAUAAGAAUAUUAUUUCUGUUUUGUUGAUAAAAAUGUCUCCACGAUUAGUGGAAUAUGUAUACAGUAGGGAAUGUAUAUAACGAUUCAGUGUGAUCUAUUUUACCGGUGAUGCACUUUUGUCAUAAAUGAUAUAAUUGUAUAGAUUCAAUUCUGGUAUUUUAUAAUUCAUAAUCGAUUUUUGUAUUCCCUAAUGUUUAAAGUUGUUUAAAAAUAAUACCAUAUUUACAUGAAUUUCCAAGUCAACAAUCAAUUUCAUCUUUACUGUCCUAUUUUUCAUAUCAUAUAUUAAGUUUGAUCAGUGGUACAUCAAUUUUCGGGGUUUUGGCAUUAUGUAAAUUAAAAGUUCAAAGAAGGCAACACGAAAAACAGCAGCAGAGAUUGACUAACCAUGAUAGAACAUUUCACUCAUAACAUAGAGAACAUUGGUUUUGUCCCAUACGUUAAUAUCACUUCAUAUAACAUCUGACUCAGAACACUGGGGGUAUAUAGGCUUUGUAUAGGUGUACAGUAAGCUACUUUAUCAUUUACUCCAUGCCUUUCAUUCUGAAGUAUUUUAAAAUCGAUUUUGAAUAAUUCAACUGAAAGAGAGUACUUCCAACAAUGAUUAUAAUCUGGUUUCCUAUCAUAAUGUCAUUUCAUUAUUAUAGUGUUGUAAGCAUGGUGUUUUAUUUACUGCACUAGAACUUCCAUUCCGCGUAGAGCCGGAAAUACGGUUGACAUCUUCAUCCACACUUUUUUAUGCUCUCUUCUUUUGCUAGGAGUAAGAUAGAGUUCCUUUGAAAUACAGGCUCCAUACCUAGUCCAUACUUAACGUCAUGACCUUGGGGACAUGUAUACAGAAAUAUUGACCUUGGGGACGGGAUUUUCAGUUCUCUAUGUACCGUCCACAGAAGCCUCAAUAUCCCCAGCAGUGUAUACUGUAUCAUGGGGUCCUGAAGUUAACAGUGACUUUUUGUUUAAUCCAUGUUUCGUUAAAGUUCCAAUGAAACCCCUUAAUUGUUGACAUAUCAUGUCUGUGGUGGAAUUUAACAAAGGAAACCUGCCUCAUCCAGAGAUAACGUAAUACUGAAGGCUCAUAUAAAGAUAAUACAAGAGAAAUCACAUUAGGGCAACUAGUUUUAAGUUAUGUCGUCAUUUUUUCCACUACUGAUUUGAUCACAACUCGGUGAAAAUGUCAGAAAAAGGGCUAUACUUGAAAUAUUGAUGUCAUGUAAAGGAGAAAAGAUGUUGUUUCUAUGCGAUUUUGAUAUAAUGCAAUGCAUAUCUUUAACAAUAACAAGGCAUCCAGUUGACCCUUGAUUUUCUGUAAUUUCAGAAGUCAAAUCACUAUUUCUCUGAAAUUUGAACGCUCAAGACAUGUCAAAUAGACACAUGUCCCUCCAUCUCAAGAGUCCAAAAAAAUGUUAAAACAUACUCCCAAGGGUCUACUGGAUUCCUCGAAUAAAUUAUUACAAUUUUAUCUGUGUAUUUGCGUUUCCCCUGAUAUUUAAUAUUGCCUGUCAUGAAAGUAUGAAAUGUAAGAAAUAUUUGUAUAUUUUUGUAAAUAAAAUAUUUAUACAAAA